AUGUCUGUGAUCGGCGUCUUUACAAAAGGGCGGGCGACGGGCCACCCUUCGGUGAUGUCGGUGCUGCGCUACGUCCCGCGCGCGCGUGUGCCGUGGCAGCCGAGCCGCUUCGCUCGCGAGAACCUCGCCGACGACGACAUGGCGCAGCUCUGGGGCGCGGGUCGCUACCGCACCGGGCCUGGUAACUAUAACAGCGGCUACAGCACCAAGAAAACACAUGCGCUGGAAGACAGCACCGUCAGCAUAGUUCCAAAGCACGAGCUGGAGAAGUUCAUGCCAGAUAUCUCGCUUGGGUCGAAGGCGCUCGUGACGCCAGUCUCGUUGAUGAGUGCCCGUAACGGCCACCGCGUCACCCACGACCUCAUCCACUCCUACGACCCGUACGUUGGGCGGCUGCAGAAGCCCGCGAUGGUGGAUCACGACAACAUCACCGUGGAGGACCCGAAUCGUGUCGGUCUCAACGCAGCCACGCUGGACUGCCGCUCCCGCAUCUACCGCUGGCUGCGUCGCGGCCCAUUCUUCCAGGAAGACAGCUACUUCCGUCGCUCGAUAAAACUCCAGCGCAACGGCCCAGUGCCGGUCUCCGUGCACGAGAUGCCGCUCAUGCAGCGCAUUAUUCGCCUCGCUCGUCGAGGUCAUUUGAAGGCGGCGUGCGAGGAGUACCGACACGCGACAUCGGUGCCCCCGGUGGAUGUGUACCGCGCGCUGACGGCCGCCUGCGUCCCUGGCGCAAAGCUGGCGGACGCGAUUGCCAUCUUUGAAGACGGCAACUCGCGGCUCUUCUACGUCGCGCGAGACGGGGAGGUCCUGCAUAACAUGCUGCGCUGCGCCAUCCGCGCCAAGCACCGCGUGCGGGUGAUGUGGGUGUACAACGUCAUGGUGGGCCGCCACUACGAGAACGUGGUUGUAAGGGCAGAGGUGGAUGUGAUCUGGCGCUACCGCAUCGCGAGUCUGGCGCUCGAGUACCUGCUGGACAGCAACGCCGGCGAGGAGGCGCGCACUGUGUACGACUACCUCGUGGAGAACAAGCUGGUCGACUGUGACCUGCACGUGCGCCUCGGCCACGUCAUGCAACAGGCGCUCAAGGAGGGGAAGACCGUGCACGUGCAGCAGGACGCGCUCGACGGUAUGGCGCUGUCGCAGAACGUGGUGGCUGUGGCCCCGCAGGUGGCCGUCGCCGUGUAUGCACGGUACCUCGAGACCAUGCAGGAGGGUGCUGCCUGGACGGACGCGCGCGGCUUGCCGCUGACGGACCCAGCCAAGACAGGCGCAGACACCAAUGGCGCUGCGGCUGUCGCAUGGCUCAAGGCGGCGUUCCCAGACAUCGACCCCGUCGCAGUGCUGCGCCUCGCUCGCUUCCGGCGCAGCUCGAAGGACCUCAUGGCAAAAGACAGGCCUGCCUACGUGCAGCGUGCGGCACAGUGGGUGGAGUUGCUGAGCUCGGCACACCAAACGCGCGAGGAGGCCCCACUCACGUAUCUACGCAAGUCACGUCCGUCAAUGGCCAACCCCAACGUGCGAGUGGCGUGGCUGCCGGAGCGGCAGCGCGCGCGCGCACUGCUCGCAAGCGAUGAGGGCUUCAAGUUUGCCUAUGGCGGCCCGCAGACCCGCUUCGUCGAAGAAACCUUUGCGUACGCCGAAAACACGCUCCAGAGUCGCUACCUUGCGCAGCAGCCCGUUCACACAGAGGUGACACCAAGCGUGGCCCUGGGUCCCGCAGCGGUGGCGGCUGGGAUCAGCGGCGGCAGCGCACUGCCCCGGCUGCCAGGGUCGUCGGCAUUACCCCAUAUCCUGCACGCCUCUGUCCUCUUGGAUGGGUCGCUGAGUGGCGGCAGCGGUAGCGGGACCUCGACGCUGCGCCCGAAGCCCAGCGAGUCCGCCAAGGCAGCGGCGAGCCCAACGGCGGGCAUCAGCGGUCGACCGUCGUCCGCGAGCGGCAGUGCUGGCUUGGACGACACACACUUCUAG